UGGGUCGGGGGCUUGGCCUCUGCCCGGCCACAGAGCCGGAGCUGGAGGUGCUAUCCCGUCCGGCGGCGAUCCCCGGGCAGGGCCCGGGGCCGGGCUUUGAAGAUGCUGAACGUCCCUUCCCAGUCUUUCCCGGCCCCCAGGUCGCAGCAGCGUGUCGCCUCCGGGGGGCGUAGCAAGGUAAGCGGGUGGCUCUGUGAGUCUCUCCCGUCGCUGCGUUUCGAGCUUUGGCAGCGUGUUCUCUUCUUCCGCCCCAACUCCCAGCUCCUGCUCCCCUCUCUGAGCUGCCGUUCCCUGCUGUCCUUGCCUGAAACCUCCUUCUGAUUCCACUCUGUCUACAGUCCCUAAACUCUCCUUACCUCACUCCCUUUCUCCUAGUAGCCCCUCUUCUUUCUGGUCCUUCAUCCCGCUCUGUCCGUUCCCUUCCUCCAAGUCCUUUCCCGCGAUUUAAAUUUCUAUGACAGAGCCAGGCACUGUGCUUGCGGUGUUGUAGGCGCUCGGUAUCAGCCUCCUUCCCUCAACCUCAUCUCCUCCCUGGUCUUUUGUUCUUCACUGCCUGAAGGAGUUGUACCACGUCACUCAGUGUGGGUUCCCUCGCAGGAGGGAAAGGCUUGGCGGUGGCGACAGUGACCGUCGGUGCAAGGAUGGGGACUUCUGGAGCUGGGGAGCUAGGUCAGGUUUACAGACACUAUCCAAGUCACACUGCCUUUCUUUCUUCCCCUGGUACCUGAUUGUUCUGUUAUUGCCUUUUCUACUAGUAUCACUUGCUAACUUCGAAGCAAAUAUAAUACUCUGGAGUUUUUGUUGAGCACAGUUGCUGUUAGCAACAGGUGGAAUACUGUACGGAUAUAUUUCAUAUUUGCAAAAUUCAAUAAAAAUUGUGUUCUUUGUUCUUUUGCGAAUGUUGUUUGUUCCUAUUUGUUAGUUCCUCAUUCUGUAACCAUAUCUUUAUCUUUCGUUUGUGACACUUCCACUUACUUGGGCCACUCGGUUAAUUCUUGAGUCUUAGCAUCAUUUGGAACCCUUAAUCGAUUUUCUUAUUUUUCUCCACUUAGACCUGGCGUUCUGAUUCUAGUUCAGAAUGAAUAUAGGUUCAGGGAUCUGUAGUUUUCAUUAGCUUUCCAGAGAUUUCUUCAGUACUUACGGGUGGCCGUGUAUAUUCUCAGUGCUUUACAUGUAUUAACUUUAAUCUUCACAAUUAUCCUGUGAAGUGAAAGCUUUUAUUGUCUCUUUCACAGAAAAGGAAACUGGCUAAGAAAUGUUGCCCUAAAUUGUGUAGGCUUGUGUUGUGGUUCUGUUGUGAAAUUUCAUUUACUGAUUGAUACAUCAAUCAUCUAGCCAUCCAAUCAUGUAUAUUUUUCUCACUGGUUUUUGACCUAUUUCUUGAAGCUAAAUACUUGACUGAAUAACGUAGUCUUUCCAGAGAGAAUCUCUGAAUUAGAAUAUGAGUUGCUGCCCUUCUUCGUUAAAAAUACCAGCUGUGUUCCUAGCAUCCAUUUAAAGGAGAAAACUUAGAAGCAAAGACAAAAAGUCACACAGGGGGCGAUGGCAAAGGUACCUUUAAAACAGGGCAGAAGCCUUAUGGAUUGGAUUCGACUGACCAAAAGUGGAAAGGAUCUAACGGGAUUAAAAGGCAGGUUAAUUGAAGUAACUGAAGAAGAACUUAAGAAACACAACAAAAAAGAUGAUUGUUGGAUAUGCAUAAGAGGUUUCGUUUAUAAUGUCAGCCCUUAUAUGGAGUAUCAUCCUGGUGGAGAAGAUGAACUAAUGAGAGCAGCAGGAUCAGAUGGUACUGAACUUUUUGAUCAGGUUCAUCGUUGGGUCAAUUAUGAAUCCAUGCUGAAAGAAUGCCUGGUUGGCAGAAUGGCCAUUAAACCUGCUGUUCUGAAAGACUAUCGUGAGGAGGAAAAGAAAGUCUUAAAUGGCAUGCUUCCCAAGAGCCAAGUAACAGAUACACUUGCCAAAGAAGGUCCUAGUUAUCCAAGCUAUGAUUGGUUCCAAACAGGCUCUUUAGUCACCGUUGCCAUAUAUACUAAACAGAAGGAUAUCAAUUUAGACUCAAUAAUAGUUGAUCAUCAGAAUGAUUCCUUUAGAGCAGAAACAAUUAUUAAGGAUUAUUUAUAUCUUAUACAUAUUGGGCUAAGCCAUGAGGUUCAGGAAGAUUUUUCUGUGCGGGUUGUUGAGAGUGUGGGAAAAAUAGAGAUUGUUCUAAAAAAAAAAGAGAAUACUUCUUGGGACUUUCUUGGCCAUCCCCUGAAGAAUCAUAAUUCACUUAUUCCAAGGAAAGAUACAGGUUUGUACUACAGAAAGUGCCAGUUAAUUUCCAAGGAAGAUGUUACUCAUGAUACGAGGCUUUUCUGUUUGACGCUGCCACCCAGCACUCAUCUUCAGGUGCCCAUUGGGCAACAUGUUUACCUCAAGCUACCUAUUACAGGUACAGAAAUAGUAAAGCCAUAUACACCUGUAUCUGGUUCCUUACUCUCAGAGUUCAAGGAACCAGUCCUUCCCAACAAUAAAUACAUCUACUUUUUGGUAAAAAUCUAUCCCACUGGACUCUUCACACCAGAGCUUGAUCGUCUUCAGAUUGGAGAUUUGGUUUCUGUAAGCAGUCCUGAGGGCAAUUUUAAAAUAUCCAAGUUCCAAGAAUUAGAAGAUCUCUUUUUGUUGGCAGCUGGAACAGGCUUCACACCAAUGGUUAAAAUACUGAAUUAUGCUUUGACUGAUAUACCCAGUCUCAGGAAAGUGAAGCUGAUGUUCUUCAAUAAAACAGAGGAUGAUAUAAUUUGGAGAAGUCAACUGGAGAAAUUAGCAUUUAAAGAUAAAAGACUGGAUGUUGAAUUUGUUCUCUCAGCACCUACUUCUGAAUGGAAUGGCAAACAGGGACAUAUUUCACCAGCUCUUCUUUCUGAAUUUUUGAAAAGAAAUUUGGACAAAUCCAAAGUUCUCGUCUGCAUUUGUGGACCAGUGCCAUUUACAGAACAAGGAGUAAGGUUGCUGCAUGAUCUCAACUUUUCCAAAAAUGAGAUCCAUAGUUUUACAGCAUAAUGAAGAGCUGUCAUUGUCCUUUAUUCAACUAGUUUAUCUAAAUUUGUGAUUGCUUAGGGUUUUUUAAGAGAACAUUUUUGCACAUAAUAAAAGGUUAACUAGAAUCCAGCCUUCAGUUUCUUAAAUGAAAUCAAAUGUUCCUUCAGUAUAGAUAACUUCUUGGCUUUCUUUUGUACCAUAACUUAUUUUACUAUUGAUAUUUUACCUGGAAAGUUAAUCAUGGCAACAAAUACAUACAGGAUUCUUUGUUAUGAAUCACAAAUUUCCUUGCCAUUUAAAUUAUAUCACUGUUCUACAAUAAGCACUUGUGUUUUAUGACAUAAUAAAGUAAAUGAUCACUUUGAUCAUGUUUCUAUGCUAUAAAAUGUCUUAUUAGCAAUACAGAUGAAAUUUUACAUUGCACUGUUAACUCAGGAAAUGAUCAUUUAUGUCCUUGUUUUUAAUGUUAAAACAUAGAAUGUUAUAACUUAUUAAGUGAUCCAAACAUUUGUGUGUGUGUGUAUGGCAUUGAUGCACAAUAGAAUAAAAUUAUGCGUAAGUUCUUUUUAA